CAAUCUUCGACAAUAAAAGUCAGAAACCGAUACGAGACUGGGCUUUUAUGGAAGUGGGAUGACAUCGAGUUUCCCAAUAGCUACGGUAUGGCCUACCGGCGUUUGCGGUCAUUGGAGAGACGACUUAGCAAAGAACCGCAUCUUUACGACUCUGUUCGUCAACAAAUACGGGAAUAUGAAAGGAAGGGAUACGCACACCGAGCUACGCAGGAAGAACUUGUAAACACAAGUCCCGAGAAGUGUUGGUAUUUACCGCUGGGAGUAGUGCUUAAUCCUAAAAAACCUAAUAAGGGGCGGAUCAUUUGGGAUGCUGCCGCGAAAGUUAACGGGAUUUCAUUAAACUCAACGUUGUUGAAAGGUCCUGAUUUUCUGACGUCGCUGAUUGCAGUUUUCUUUCAUUUCCGCUUAUAUGCUUAUGCACUGACGGGAGAUAUAAGAGAGAUGUUUCAUCGUUUCUUCAUCAGGCGAGCAGACCGUCAGUUCUUGCGAUUUCUGUGGCGAGAUAAAGCAACAUCAAAGGUCGAAGUUUAUGUAAUGGAUGUAGCUAUUUUCGGAGCUACGUGUUCGCCGAGCUCUGCACAAUAUAUAAAAAAUCUAAAUGCGCAGGAGUUUGAGGCUCUAUUCCCGAGGGCGGUUGAGGCUAUUCUACAAUACCACUAUGUGGACGAUUAUCUCGACAGUUUUCAAACAGCCGAAGAAGCAGUGAAGGUGGGGAAUGAAGUUAAGCGGAUACACGCAGAAGGCGGGUUUGAAAUCAGGAAUUUUCUUUCCAACGAUCCAGCAAUAGUAGCGCAAGUCGGUGCAGAGUCGAUAGAAGUUGAGAAACUUAUCAAUGCGGAAAAGGGGGCAACUGUGGAGUCGGUUUUGGGAAUGAAGUGGAUCCCAAGCAGUGAUGUGCUCACCUACACUUACGUAUGGCGCCAAGAUCUUCAACAAGCGCUGGAUGAUUUGCAUACACCAACUAAACGAGAAGUUCUUCGUGUAGUUAUGAGCUUAUUCGAUCCGCUAGGUUCAAUUUGCUUUUUCCUGAUUCAUGGCCGAACAUUAAUGCAAGACAUAUGGGCAUCAGGUGCUGACUGGGACGAGCCAAUAAGCAGUACGUUGUGUGUACAAUGGAGGCGUUGGACGGCGCUCCUGAACGAGCUAAAUUCGGUCAAAGUACCCCGGUGUUAUUUCCCUGGAGCCGGAUAUAGUACUUACUCGACGCUCGAAGUACAUGUUUUCGUAGAUGCUAGUAAAUCUGCUUAUGCUAGUGUAAUCUACUUUCGAGUGGAAACAUCCCAAGGUGUUGAAGUAGCAUUAGUCACUGGAAAAGCUAAAGUUGCUCCUCUCAAGAUGAUAUCCAUUCCUCGCUUGGAGUUUCGUGGCGCCGUGCUGAUAAGUUUCAUCGUCGUUUCAACCACGCUAACAGAGAGACGAUUAUAAACGAAAUGAGGCAGGAAUACCAUAUUCCUAGGAUGCGAGCGUUAGUCGCGAACGUUGCCAAACAAUGCGCAUUGUGCCGUAUACGCAACGCCAUACCAAGGCCACCACCGAUGGCCCCAUUACCAAACGUCCGUGUAACACCCUUUGUAAGACCGUUCACUUUCGUGGGUCUUGAUUAUUUUGGACCGAUCUUGGUUAAAUUCGGGCGCAGCAACGUGAAACGUUGGGUUGCACUUUUCACGUGCCUAAGUAUACGCGCUGUUCACAUGGAAGUAGUACACAGUAUGUCCACAGAGUCCUGCGUACUAGCAGUUCGGCGUUUCGUGUCGAGGCGAGGUUCACCUGCGGAAUUCUUUAGCGACAACGGUGCUAAUUCUUUAGCGACAAUGGUGCCAACAACCAAUUAAAAAAGGAAAUUCGGGAUCGAGAGAAAACCCUAGCUUCAGUGUUUACCAACUCAAAUACCAGAUGGACCUUCAAUCCACCUGGGGCUCCUCAUAUGGGUGGAGUAUGGGAAAGAAUGGUUCGUUCUGUGAAAGCUGCGAUUGGAACAAUUAUAGAAGCACCACGGAAGCCAGAUGACGAAACGCUAGAGACAGUUAUCAUUGAAGCAGAAGCAAUGAUAAAUACGAGACCGUUAACAUAUAUCCCUCUAGAAUCGGCAGACCAGGAAGCGCUCACCCCAAACCACUUUCUGUUGGGCAGUUCCUCUGGGGUUAAGCAAUUGCCUGUUGUUGGCUCUCAGAAGUAGCUGGAAACUGGCGCAGCACUUGACUGAUCAGUUGUGGAGGCGAUGGGUGAAAGAAUAUCUUCCAGUGAUCUCACGGCGGUUCAAAUGGUUCGGGAAUGUCAGAGAAAUUAAGGAAGGAGAUUUGGUUUUGGUAGUAGAUGGGACAGUAAGAAAUCAAUGGAUAAGAGGACGAGUGGAGAAAGUAUGUUGUGGUAUAGAUGGUCGUGUACGCCAAGCAUGGGUACGCACUAAGGGAGGAGUUUUUCGAAGGCCGGUAGUCAAGCUGGCUUUGCUCGACGUCAUGAAGGAUGGUGAUCCUGAUAGCGGAUCACGGGUGGGGGAAUGUGACGGCGAAAAGCCCCCGACGACUACAGCAGUGUAAACUACGCGCUAAGAAAUUGGCAUAUAGUGGCCAAGCACAUUUGACGCACGUAGCGGUGACAAGCAAGAAUUCUGUCAUGCUCGUAGCUGCUGAAUUGAAAUAAACUAUAUUUCUAAAAUUUGUUCGACCUAAAAUAAAUAACUAAAUAAUUAAUUUACCUUAAACCUACUAUUUACAAUUCAAUUGUAAUUUGUUAACCUAAAAAGGAUACGGGAAGAAUCUCGACGGUGAUAGAUUGAACUGAAAAUUUCUAAAGCUGAAUCCAACAAUCCUUGUGUUUGGUCUGCAGCGGAAAUAGUUCCAACAGCGAGUGAGGGUUGUUUUUCGGCGAAAGAAAACAGCACAUGUUUCUCCUCCCACGCGAAAGAAAAGAAAGUGGAGUGAAAGCGCGAUGGCGAGUAACGAUGGACAAAAUGGUGCCGAAGCCGCUUGAAAUCAUGUGCAGCAAUAACCGCCGUUCUUUUCAGUUUCU